AUGGCCUCCACCACGAAGAGACCUCCAGCCCUCACUCCGCACCCUAAGCCGACUAUCUCAGUGGAAGAGUGGGAGUCGUCUGCUCCCAUCAGUGAACUCGAAAGCAGAAGCGUGUCAUGGGUUCAGGCUGCGGCCGAGCGUUCCACUCUCCCUCCCAAGUUCGGCGUAGAUGAUCCCGGCUCGAGCUCGAGACCCUCAACCCCCAUCAUUCGCGGAAAGCUCGGUCAGACAUCAAGACCCUCUACUCCUGGACUUGCUUCUGCCCACCGCUCCCAUGCCCUCCACCCUAAACAACCCAUCCAGACGCCCCAGCAAUUCUACGAUUGGUUUUCGUUAAUCGACAGGUCUGUGACUCAUAGCCAGGAAGCUCAUAUUCGUGCACACCUCGGUACUGUCUCCGAUCACUUGGACACAUGCGACAGGUUAGUAGAGCGCAUCGACGAUAUUGAGAAGGAAGUGGAUGGGAUGUUGCAUGGGUGGAAGUCUGUGGAGGAGAGUGGUAGGAGCUUGAAGGAUGCUUGCGAGCAAUUGUUGCAGGAACGGGACCGUAUCUUGGACAUGACGGUAUCCAUUGGCGAGCGGCUGGAAUACUUUCAAGAGCUGGAGCAUGCCACACGGAUGCUCAACCACCCUGGAGAAUCUCUUGUACUUCAAGGAGACUUCCUCUACAUGGUUGAACGCGUGGACAUAUGCAUUGACUACCUCAAAGCCCAUAGGCAUUUCCGCGAAGCCGAGAUUUACCUACUGCGCUUCCAGCAAUGCAUGACCCGAGCCAUGACUUUGAUCAAAAUGUAUUUCGUGGGCUCGCUCCGUGCUCUUACCGCCGACGUGGCCAAGCGAUUGUACGAACAGGUAUCCACUACCGCUCAAAAUCAUCUGCUGUACACAAGAUUUCAAAGUGUCUCAACACCUCUUGCCCCGCUCCUAUCUGAGCUCGAACGCCGGGCGAAUGCGCAUCCUGAAGAGCUGUCUGCAUUGCUUGCCGAGUGUCACGCUGCCUACUUCUCCGCUCGUAAGCAACUCCUCAUAGGACGGCUGAUAGAAGACAUAAAAGGGCUUGAUCCUACGCAUACAGAUCUGGUUGAGCUAACGAGGGCGGGCUGCAGCUACCUCAAGCAGCUAUGCACGGAUGAGUUCACUCUAUUCCGAGCUUUCUUCAAUUCCGGCGAAGACUUACUCUAUGGGUACCUCGAGAGCCUAUGCGAUUACCUCUAUGAUGAUCUCCGACCUCGUAUUCUCCACGAGCCACGUCUGACGGCGCUCUGCGAAGUUUGCACCGUCCUGCAAGCACUGAUGGUGCUUGAUGUGCCGUCCGUCCCGGAUGGAUCUUCCGACGAAGAGGCGGAACUGGACGAGCUGUCAUUGGACCUUGACCAGCCGCGACGUCAAAGUGGUCUAAGAGCGCUGCACAUCAGUCAUCUGCUGCAGAUGGUCCUGCAGGACGCUCAGACUCGGCUGUUUUUCAAGGCGCAGUCCGUUAUACAGUCUGAGAUCAGGUACUAUAUUCCCAAACCCGAGGAUCUCUCGUACCCCGACAAGCUUGUCGCGGCGCGGAAACCUGCGUCGGCGUUGGAUAUAAAGGAGAAGCAGAGCGUCAGUCAGCUAUUCCAGUCCAAGUCGUUGGAUAAGCAGGAGACCUGGUAUCCCACCCUCCAAAGGACGGUCUGGGUCCUUUCGCAGCUCAAAGAUUUUGUCAAACCCGCUAUCUUCGAUGAUCUCGCCCAAGAAGCUAUCAACUACUGCCGACAGAGCCUUGUCGGGGCGGCCGAGACCCUCAAGUCGAAGAACCCACCGUCGUCGGGGUUCGAGGGCGAACUCUUCCUCGCCCGGCACCUCCUCAUCCUGAAAGAGAUGACCCAGAACUUGGACCUCGUCCACCGGAACGUCGACCGCGGCCUCGACCUCUCGGGAGUCAACGAAACCCUGGCUUCGAUGCUCGGCCGGACGACGCUCCUUCUCCCGAACGCGCUCCUCAGCUCGCUCGGCAUGCCUCGUGACGAAGACCUCACCGACGUCCGCCACGGGAUCGACCAGGAACUGAAGGCCGCGUGCGAGGCCGUCAUCCGGUCCGCCGCCGCCUCCCUCGCGGACCCGCUCCGCCGCUGGGCGACGCACGCCGACGACGGCGCCCGCGCGCUCGAGGGCGCCGCGCACGACGUCGCGGUCCGCAUGCGGCUGUACGUCGAGGACGAGCGGACGGUCGACGUCCUCCUCACGCACGUCCAGGACCGCGCCGUCGACGACUGGCUCGACUGGCUCGAGCAGGCCGACAAGGCGGCCGCCGGCGCGCUCCGCGCGCGCGCACCCGCCGUCCCUGCGAUCCGGGAGCGCCUCGCGCGUGGGUGCAGGGAGGACUGGCAGCUCGAGCAGGACGGCGCGGCUGGCAGCAGCGCUCACUCGUAG